ACUGUAUAACCUUGAGAGCGCAACUUCUAGUUGCAGUUUAUCUGUUGUCGCGUGGUUCAGUGUACGUAUUUCUCCUUAAUUCUCCAAUUCCUCAUAGUGCUUGCUCAACUGAAGCACCGUGUUUAGAAUUUCUUGAACUAUUUCUUUUGGAUUAUUGCACAUUAAAUUCCAUGCUUAUGUAAUAACUUUUGUGUUUGUGAAUUACUCCGUAAUAUCAAAUUUGUCCGAGAUCUAAAACAAUCAUAAAAUGUGAUAUCAUACUGCAGCCUCAAGAUCAACGUAGUUUGAGGUGACUGGCACAUCUAUGUUCACGUCCUAUUUUAUUUUUCUGAUUACCAGUGAUAAUAAAACGUAUUUUUCUAGUGAACUGUAAUACGAAAUGUCACCAACUUUCCAUUGGUCAGAUUAUUUGAUUUUUGCUAUUUCACUUAUUUGUUACUCCCUGAUUGGGAUUUAUCAUCGAUAUCAUGAUGUAAUUUUUGAGAAAUUAACUAGUUGUUUUCCUGGUAUCAACUUUAAACUAAAAGUCAGAAAGAAAAUGAACGUAGAAGAAUUAUUCUUAGGUGAUCGUAAUUUAACUUUGUUACCUAUUGUUGGAAGUGUAAUGGCCAGUUUUUUAUCAGCUGUCGCUAUAUUGGGCACUGCAUCUGAAGCUUAUCAAUGUGGUAUUCAAUUCAUAUUAUUGGUUGGGGGUUAUUGUAUUGCAUUUCCAUUAGCUGCAUAUGUUUAUAUGCCAGUAUUUUAUAAACUUAGAUUGAACAGUGCUCAUGAAUAUUUAGAAAUGCGAUUUGGAAAACUUGUUCGAUGGACAACUUCACUUGUAUUCUUAUUACAAAUGACAGUUUACAUUGCUCUUGCAUUAUAUGCGCCUGCUUUGGCAUUCAGUCAAGUUAGUGGUCUACCCAUAUGGAUAUCUAUAUUAUCUACUGGUUUGGUGGCUACAUUUUAUACAGCUUUUGGAGGUAUUCGUGCAGUUGUAUGGAUUGAUCUUUUUCAACUGAUUGUUCUCAUCAGUGGUUUAUGUUUAAUUACAUUAUUAAUUACUUUAAAAGUCGGUGGAUUCCAACGUCUAUGGGGUAUAGUAAUAAACGGUCAGCGUGUCCAAUCAUUCGAUUUCAGUACUGAUCCUUUUAAACGACAUACAUUAUGGACUUUAAUUAUUGGUGGGACCGGAUUGGUUCUUAGCAUAUUCGGUGCUAAUCAAACACAAAUUCAACGUUAUUUGGCAUGUAGAGAUUUAAAAACUGCUCGAAGAGCUAUAUUACUAAAUAUUCCAUUGACAAGUGGAUUUUUAGCAGUACAAUUAUUUACUGGUUUAGCUAUAUAUGCUUAUUUUGCUGGUUGUGAUCCAGUAUUAAAUGGUUCUAUUAAACGUUAUGAUCAAAUAUUACCUUAUAUAGUCAUGAUAUUAUUCGAUGGUGUAGUACUUGUUCGUGGAAUAUUUCUAUCCGUAAUAUUUGCAGCUGCUUUAAGUACUGUAUCAUCAGGUAUAAAUAGUUUGGCUAAUGUUUGCUUAGAAGAUUUAAUUCGACCAUUAUAUAGACAUUGUAAACAUGUGGAUAUAUCAGAAAGAGUUAAAUAUCGAUUAGCCUUAUUUUUAGGUAUUUUAUUUGGUACUUUAACUGUUUCAUUGGCUUUCAUUUUCACAUUAUCCAGUUCACAUAUAUUACAAAUAUCAUUUUCAUUAUUUGGUGCAAUUGGUGGUCCAAUUUUAACUGUAUUUACUGCUGGAAUAUUUUUUCCUUGUAUUAAUGCUGAAGGUGGAUUAUGUACAUUAAUUAGCGCUGUUAUUUGUGGUUUAUGGAUUUGUAUUGGUAAUACAUUUAUCACUUCAAGAAGGGAUAAUAGUCGUUUACCUUUAACAAUUAAGAAUUGUACCUCUACAAUUCUUCAGAAUAUGUCAUCAUCAUCUAUUAUAACUACUACAACUAGUCCAUCAACAACAACAUGGUCAUUUUAUUCACUAUCAUAUCUAUAUUAUGCAGCAGCUUGUAUCAUUGUUGGAAUUCCUAUAGGAUUUAUAAUUAGCGCAAUUACAGGAUUUAAUAGUCGAUCAAAGGUUAAUCCACGUUUAUUGGCUUGGCAGGCACGUUCAUUCUACAGACAUUUUCCAAAUUGGCUUCCUUCACAAACAGCAAAUGAUCAGGAACUUGAUCAAGUUUCCUCCACAUACAUUCAAAAAACAGAAAUUCCAGAUAUGAAAUUACCUCGUAUACAAGCAGUAAUCAACAGAAAAUUGAUCCCAUCAGUAGAAAAUGAUAAAUCAAAAGAUUCUACUAUCUAUCAAAAGAAUGAAUUGAUGUAACAUUACAGAGAGUUAUGAUAUCAACAAUGUGUGUGUGUGUAUUUUUCUAAUUCUUAUUAUCCUUUAUAAGUACUUCUUUAAUCUUUAUAUUGUGUAUUAUUAUGAUUAAAGAUGAGUAAAGAGUGAACUACUUAAGAUCU